AACAAGUGCUGAAAUGGCACGAAGGGGCUGCUGCUUUGUUCCAUGUGUUUUGGGGCUACUCCUGAAUUCUCUGAUCGGCGUGAGGUGCGACGGCGAGCUUCUCUUCACGCUGGAGCCCAGCGACAUCGUCGCGGUGCAGGAGCAGCCCCUGAUGCUGCACUGUCAGGUGGACGGCAUCCCACCAAUCACCACGCACUGGAGGCGGAGCGGGCUGCGGCUGGCCGGGGACACGCAUCACACCGCCUUCGCCAACGGCUCCCUGCUGAUUGGCCACUUCCAGAAGGCCAAGCCCGGCGGCGCCUCCGACGAGGGCGAAUACGAGUGCAUGGCCCAGAAUCCCUUUGGGCUCGUGGUGAGCCGCAAGGCCCGCGUCCUGGCAGCCACCAUGGCAGACUUCCACGUGCAGCCAGACUCGGUGCGUGGCGAGGAGGCCGGUGUGGCCCGCUUCCAGUGCCAGGUCCACGGGCUGCCAGAGCCCCUGAUCAGCUGGGAGAAGGAUGGCCGCCCGGUGAAUACAGAGGACGAGAGGUACACCCUCCUCCCUACAGGCGUUCUCCAGAUCACCGGUCUGGGCCCGGGCGAUGCGGGGCGUUACUGCUGUGUGGCCCACAACAGCGCUGGAGUCAAACACAGCGCAGAGGCCCGGCUCACCGUCUCAGGCUCCCAGUCUUCUGUCUACAAAGAGCCCGUCAUCCUGGUGGGCCCUGAGAACCUCACCCUCACUGUUCACCAGACGGCCAUCUUGGAGUGCGUUGCCACGGGAUACCCCAAGCCUAUUGUUUCAUGGAGCAGACUUGAUGGACGUCCCAUCGGGGUGGAAGGCAUCCAGGUUCUGGGCACGGGAAACCUGAUGAUCUCUGACGUGGGCGUGCAGCACUCGGGGGUCUACGUCUGCGCCGCCAACAAGCCUGGGACCCGGGUCCGCAGGACCGCCCAGGGACAUCUCGUGGUCCAAGCACCAGCAGAGUUCGUCCAGCCCCCCCAGUCCAUCGCCAGGCCGGUGGGGACCACCGCCAUCUUCAGCUGCCAGGCCCAGGGUCAGCCCCGGCCCCAGCUCACCUGGCUGAAGAACGGACAGAUCCUGGAGCCCGGGGGGCACGUCAAGCUGCGCAACAACAACAGCACGCUGACCAUCUACGGCAUCAGCCAGGACGACGACGCCAUCUACCAGUGCAUCGCCGAGAACAGCGCCGGCUCCACGCAGGCCAGCGCCCGCCUCACCGUGCUGUGGGCCGACGGGCUCCCCGGGGCCCCCACACAGGUGCGGGCCCAGGCGUUGUCGCCCGGCGCCAUCCAGGUGUCCUGGAAGGAGCCGGAGCAGAACACACAGGACAUCAUCGGCUACGUGCUGCACAUCCGGCGGUCCUCAGACCCGGUGGAGAUGGAGUACCAGGAGGCGGUGAGUAAGGUGACCCUGCAGCAGGUGGUGGGGGACCUGGAGCCCUCCACCAGCUACAGCUUCUACGUCAAGGCCUACACCUCCCGGGGGGCCAGUAAGCCCUCCAACCCCGCCACCCAGAGCACCCACGGAGAAGUGCCGCCCGCCCCGUCCUUCUCCACACGGAGGAUCAACAGCAGCGUGGUGCAGGUCCUGUGGGAUCCCUCCUCCAAGAUGGGCCCUAACAGCGGCUUCAGGCUCUUCUACAGACGGACCCAUGCGCCCCAGUUCACCGGCCCCUUGCUGUUCCCCCGCAACGCGUCCCGCUACAACAUCUCCCAGCUCGAUCCUUCUCUGGUCUAUGAGAUCAAGAUGCUCGCCUUCAACCAGCACGGAGACAGUAACACCACCGUGCGCUUCGUGUCACUAAGGGAGACGGUGGAGAAAUCAGUGCUGAGCACGCCGUGCGACUGCGUGAGGGACGACUACGCCAGGACGUCCACCACAGGCAUCAUCAUCGGCAUCCACAUCGGCAUCACCUGCAUCAUCCUGUGUGUGGUCUUCCUGGUGUUCAGCUACAGGGGCAGGUUAUUGAUGUGCAAGACAGUCCAGGCCACCCCCCCAGCCGGACGGGCCUCUGUGCUGGAGUCGUCGUCAUCCCAGGGGGCAUCAGGGAUGAUGAGGGCCCCCUCCAGGAGGGAGGUGGAGGGGAACGGCAGCGUGGCCUGCAAGAGCUUCCCUGAGAGCAACGAACUGCAGAGACUCUUCUCCUCUGGUCCCAAACCAGGAGACACGUUCAUGUCAGAAAACACCAUGCAGCUCUCUACAAUACCCCUCGACGAGUUCAGCUUGGAGAGAGACACCGAGGCGCAGUUCCAGCAGCCGCCUGCAGAGGGCGUUCCGCGUCAGGACCAAGGCUAACGAUGUAUGAAGG